GGCGGUUGCUCAGCGUGACCGUGGGUCGCUGUGCCUUUUAUCGUUAUCUUUUAUCCUUCUUCUUCAUCUUUUCCUUUUUAAUUCUUCAUUUUUAACCCUUCCUCCGCCCUCCCCGGGGAGCGUGGGAUGGGGACCCGGGAGUUGCCCCCGCUCUCCCUCCCCGGGGGUCGCUGCCAGCGGUAGGUGCCCCCCCCCACCCCCCCGGGGACCGACCCCUGCCAUGGGGCAGGGUGCCAUGGGGCAGGGUGCUAUGGGGCCGGCCGGGACCCUCAGCCUGGCCGGGGUCCUCAGCCUGGUCGGGGUGCUGGCGGGGGACAGCGGGGCGCAACCGGCCGGGACCCCGCUGACGCUGGACCUGGGGGGCACCGUCCCUCCCGGGUGGGAUGCUCUGAGCCACAGCCGGGGCCUGGAUUGCUGGGAGGUCCGAAAACGCAACAGCUCCGAGUGGUGCCGCUUCGUCCGGAGCAACCCCGACUGCCGGCUGGAGGGUGGCUUCCUCGACUACCUCCAGGGGGUCUUCUGCGUCUUCCCCCCCCGGCUGCUGCCCCUGGCCGUCACCCUCUACGCUCUCUGGCUCCUGUACCUGUUCAUCAUCCUCGGCGUGACGGCGGAGAAGUUCUUCUGCCCCAACUUAUCGGCCAUCUCCACCAACCUGAAGCUGUCUCACAACGUGGCAGGUGUCACCUUCCUGGCCUUUGGCAACGGGGCACCAGAUGUCUUCAGCGCCGUGGUGGCCUUCUCCAACCCCCGGACGGCGGGGCUGGCCAUCGGGGCCGUCUUUGGCGCCGGAGUGUUCGUGACCACGGUGGUGGCCGGGGGUAUCGCCCUGGUCAAGCCCUUCACGGCCGCCUCCAGGCCCUUCCUCAGGGAUGUCAUCUUCUACAUGGUGGCCGUCUUCCUCACCUUCAUGGUCCUCUACUUCGGCAGGAUCACACUGGGAGAGGCUUUGGGUUACCUGGGGCUGUAUGUUUUCUACGUGUUCACCGUGGUGCUCUGCACCUGGAUUCACCGGCGGCAGCGGGGGGAAGGGCUGGCCCCCCCCGGACCCUGGGAACCAGAGAUGCCGACGGACGCUGAAGAGCAGGAGUCCUCCGGCACAAACAGCGGAGACUACGGCGAGGAGUACCGGCCCCUCAUCCCUUCCCGGGAGACCUCCCUGCGGAUUCUCACCGCUGCCCUCAGCCCCUUGGACUACCUCAAGUGGAGGAGGAAGCCCUGGUACUGGCGGCUCUUCAAGGUCCUCAAGGUGCCCGUGGAGCUGGCGCUGCUGCUCACCGUUCCUGUCGUGGACCCCGACAAGGAUGACCUGAACUGGAAGAGACCCCUCAACUGCCUGCACAUCCUGACCAGCCCCCUGCUCUGCGUCCUCACCCUGAAGUCAGGCGCCUAUGGGCUGUACCAGAUCCAGGGCAUCUUCCCAGUCUGGGGACUGGUCACACUGGUUGGCUCUGUCCUGGCCGUCAUCACCUUCAUCACCACAAGCAACGAGGAGCCACCCAAGUACCACUGCGUAUUUGCCUUCCUCGGGUUUUUGGCCAGCGCCAUGUGGAUCAAUGCCGCGGCCACGGAGCUGGUGAACAUCCUCCGGACCCUUGGCGUCAUCUUCCAGCUGAGCAACACCGUGCUGGGCUUGACGCUGCUGGCCUGGGGCAACAGCAUCGGGGAUACCUUCUCCGACCUCACCAUGGCACGGCAGGGCUAUCCCCGCAUGGCCUUCUCCGCCUGCUUCGGGGGCAUCAUCUUCAACAUCCUGGUCGGCGUGGGACUUGGCUGCCUGCUGCAGAUGACCAGCAGCCAGCUGGUGGUGAAGCUGGAGCCCGACAGCCUGCUGGUCUGGAUCCUCGCUGGGGCUCUAGGACUGAGCUUGGUCUUCUCCUUCGUGUCGGUGCCAGCGCAGUGCUUCCAGCUGGGCAAGGCGUAUGGCGUCUGCCUCAUCCUCUACUACCUGGCCUUCCUCUGCGUGGCCCUGCUGACCGAGUUCAGGGUGAUCCGUCUCUCCCCCAUCUGACCGGCCCCAGCGCCGGCAGGAGAUGGGAUAUCCAUCCCUGGCUCUCGCUCUGCCUCCCCACCGGAUCGGGGCCUCGCCGUCCCCUCUCCCCGUCCCUGCCAGGGGGACAAGGGCACCUCGACCCCAAACGUGCUGCUGCCAUCCCAUGCUGGAGGCAUCGCGUGCCAGCCCAGCCCUCGCUUUGUGGGGACGGGGGGGCCGUUGGUUGGUUGUGCUUUGGGACAGGAAAAGGAGCUGGUAGUCAUUAGCUUUUUCCUCUCCCCGCUCUGUUUAAUCUUGUUUAACUCAAGGCGGCUCUGGGCAGGAGUGAGGUUAAGACCUCAGCUUCCUCUGGUCCCAGUGGCAAGGGGCAGAGGAGAAGACAGCUCCAGCCCAGGGUCACAACAGGAGAGGUUUUACUUCUUCAACCACUUUACUUUCCCCUCCCCGUCUCCAUCCUGGCUGCUCUGGGACAGGGGUAGGACGGUCGUGCUACACGGGGUAACUCUGCGAAGGUCGGAGCACAAGUUUGUCAUUGCGAAGGACACGACGUGUUCGCAGCGCAGGUUUGAAAUAGCAGCCGAGGCAAAGCGAGGUGGGGUUAAGGUGAGACAAAGCUCCAGGGCAGUGCUUGGUUUUAAUGCAAGCAAAGCUGGAGGAAAAAAAAAAAAACCAACAACAAACCAAGGGAGGCUGGUUUCCCCUGCUUUUUUUAAGCUAUGUUUUUCAACCCGAGUUUCAGAUCCUACUUUUUUCCUCCUCCUACGGUGGACAGAGGUGUAGGAAAGGACUUGAAGGUUUCCACACACAGCGUUAGCCUCUGGCAAGACUCGGUUUAGGCACUGUAAAAAAAAAUUGCAAUAAAACCCCCAAACACAAA